CGUUAACUUGUCAAAACACUCAAAAGUAUAGGUUAUGUUUGUAAUAUAAAUAUAUUUUCAAUUUAAUAAUUGAGAUAUUUUGCCAUUAGGCUUUUUUCCAUUACUGCAACCCUCAUCUCUAUUUGUUUACAAGUUUUCGUGAUAUUCCCUCAGCGCCUUGUGUUAAAUUCCUGAUGGGAAUUCUGUUUGAAAAAACUUUCAAUCCAAGUGGAAAAUGUGGAAAUCCUCCUUCAGAUACGAGAAAAGAACGAUAAAAUAACAUCGAUACUCAUAAAUGUCGGAAAUGGAUCACAUCAAAAAUGAAGAAGAAGAUUGUACUUCGCACUGUGUUUCUGUGAAGGAAGAGUUAGCAACAUUCCCUUUUCUGGAAGAUGGAAAUAUCAUCAAAAAGGAAGAUGAGAAAGUUCAAGAAUCCUUGAAGAGCAAUGAACAUGUUGACACGAGUGAUACACAAAAAGGAUCCAAUUCACAAAAAUUCAAAUGUGAAAUAUGUGAAUUUGAUACAAAUCGGAAAGACUCUCUUAAAAAACAUAUAGAAGGAAUUCAUUUGGACUUGAAGCGGUUCAAGUGUCAUUUGUGCGGUUUUGCUUCCAAUCAUCAGGGUACCAUCAAGAGGCACAUCGAUUCUGUUCAUUUGAAUUUCAAAGAGCACAAAUGUCACUUUUGUGACUUUGCCUCGAAUCAAAGACAGUACUUAAAACAACAUAUAGAUAAUGUUCAUUUGAAAUUGAAGAAGAGUUUGGAGGAACAUCAGUGCCAAUACUGCGAUUACGUUGCAACAAUGAAAACACACCUGAAAAAUCAUAUAGCUUCUAUUCAUUUAAAUUUGAAAGUACACAAGUGUCUUUUAUGUGACUUUGCUUCGAAUCAUAAAUAUCGUCUCAAACUACACAUAGAGUGUUUUCAUUCGAAUUCGACAAAACACAAGUGUGGACACUGCGAUUAUAAGGCGGAAUCAAAGUUCGAGCUCAAAAACCAUAUGGAUUCUGAACACGCUGACCUGAAGCCAUUCAAGUGCAGCUCCUGCAAUUACACUGGAAGAUUGAAAUGUAACCUAAAGAAGCACAUAAAGUCUGUUCAUUUAAAAUUGAAGCAGUACAAGUGUGAAUUGUGCCAUUUCGGGGUGAAUUCCAAAAAAGUCUUUGAAAAACAUAUGAAUUCCGUUCAUUCGGAUUCGACAGCAUACAAGUGCCACUCGUGCAGUUUCGCUACGAAUGAAGAAGAAAAACUCCAAUCUCACGUGGAUAACGUUCAUCUGAAAUCGAGGCAAUACAAAUGCGACCAUUGCGAUUUUGCUGCGAAAGUGAAAUACCGCUUAGAGAAACACGUGAAUACCGUUCAUUUGAAAUUGAAGCCGCACAAGUGUGAAUAUUGCGAUUAUGCUAGCAGUGAUAAAGAAAGUGUCAACAGACAUAUGAAUUCUGUUCAUUUGGAUUUGAAAAAGUACAAAUGUGACAAGUGCGAUUAUGCUUCGAGCUGGAAAAAUUUGCUGGAUAAUCAUAAAAAUUUCGUUCAUUUAGGCUUAAAGAGAUACAAGUGUGGUCAGUGCGUUUAUGCUACUAAUAUAAAAGAAAGGCUCAAGAAACAUGAAGAUAAAGUUCAUUCGAAAUUGAAGCAGCAUAAGUGUGAUCUUUGAGACUAUG